AUGGCGACGGCGGCGGCGACCGCGACGGCCGCGACCGGGGCCCCGGGGCCUGGGGCCCCCGUGGCAGGGACCGGGGCCCCGGGGGCGGGGAGCGCUGCCUCCGGGCCCCAGGGGGUGCUGAUUGGGGACAGAUUGUACUCCGGGGUGCUCAUCACCUUGGAGAACUGCCUCCUGCCGGACGACAAGCUUCGCUUCACGCCGUCCAUGUCGAGCGGCCUCGACACCGACACGGAGACGGAUCUCCGCGUGGUGGGCUGCGAGCUCAUCCAGGCGGCCGGCAUCCUGCUCCGCUUGCCUCAGGUGGCCAUGGCUACCGGGCAGGUGCUAUUCCAGCGAUUCUUCUAUACCAAGUCUUUCGUGAAGCAUUCCAUGGAGCACGUGUCCAUGGCCUGUGUGCACCUGGCCUCCAAAAUCGAAGAGGCUCCCAGGCGGAUCCGGGAUGUCAUCAAUGUGUUUCAUCGCCUCCGACACCUGCGAGAGAAGAAGAAACCUGUGCCUCUGCUGUUAGAUCAAGAUUAUGUUAAUCUGAAAAACCAAAUCAUCAAGGCGGAAAGACGCGUUCUCAAAGAGCUGGGCUUCUGUGUCCACGUGAAGCACCCUCACAAGAUAAUCGUUGUGUACCUCCAGGUGUUAGAGUGUGAGCGUAGCCAGCACCUGGUCCAGACGUCAUGGGUAGCCUCUGAGGGUAAGUGACUAAGACUUCUCCUCUGCUGUCCAAGCGCUUCGGUGCAGGACAGCGGCCGUCUUCAGCCAAUGCAAUGCAGGCUCUUCACAGAAGGCUGCUCUAGACCGGUGGUAUGCCAACGCUAGCAUAGUAACGGCCGGUGCCGCGUGUGGUUCUCUGGGACUGCUGCCUGUUCACCCUCUGCUCUGCCUUGAUAAUGUGCUGAUUAGAGUUGGUAACUGUCUUGAUUUGAAUCUUGUCCCUUUAAAACUGCCAUACCUGUAUGAUAAAGAUGCAACACCUUUUCGUUUAAAAAAAAAACACCCUGAAAAGCAGUAAGAAUGGAGGUGACGAAUUGGCCAAUGAGGGGUGGC